AUGGCUAAUAUGGCUGGAAUUGACGGUUAUGAAGCAACACUCAAGAUCCUUCUCAUUGGUAACUCAAAUGUUGGAAAAUCGUCUUUACUUUUGCGUUUUACUGAGGACACUUUCUUGCCACAGGAUGAAGUCGCAGCUACAAUUGGAGUAGAUUUUAAAGUUCAAGACAUGAUGUUUGAAGGAAAAAAAUACAAAUUAACCAUCUGGGAUACCGCAGGUCAAGAACGGUUUCGGACGUUAACAUCCUCUUAUUAUCGUGGUGCUCAAGGCGUCAUUCUUGUUUAUGAUGUGAGCAAUCGUGAAACGUUCGAUCAGCUUGAUAACUGGUUUAACGAAUUGAGCACUUAUUGCACAAAUAAAGAGGUUGUGAAAAUGAUAGUUGGUAAUAAAGUUGAUAAAGAAGAACAACGUGUGAUUUCGCGCAAGGAGGCUGAGGGAUACGCACGAAAAUCUCACACAUUAUUUCUAGAGUGUAGUGCCAAGACUAGAUAUGGGGUCAAAGAAGCUUUUGAAGAACUUGUUAGAAAGAUUCUUGAAACACCAAGUUUAUGGCAGAAAAGGCCUUUACCCAGCAAUAAUAUUAAUGUGUCACGCCAAACGGAAUAUAAACAGGAUGACGAAGCUUGUAAUUGUUAA